GACGACGACCGCCGCCGCCACUACACACCACCGGCGACCGGCAGUUCUCAGCAGACCGUACCUCACGACGCACUGCUGCAGCCGUCGAUUGUUGCACUCAUCAUCGGCACUACCACCACCACCACUACUACUACUACUACUACUACUCUACUAUUAUUACCACCUGAGCAGUAGAAGUAGCAGCAGCAGCAUCAGCAGUAGCCGACGUCUCGCGGUGUCGUCCGCGUACGGAUAAAAAAAAAAAAUAGAAAUCUCCUCUCCGGGACAUAGUUUAGUUUUCUCGUUUAAAUUAACUUACCCUUCGCAACACGACAUCCAACUCCCGAGUAUCCGUUAUAACCCGCACACACCACGUCCGAUUUUUCCUUUGACCGUGUCACCGCCAAACUGGUAACAAUUUCGCACCGCCACAGCUACCCGUCUUAGUAUUAGCCACGGCACCCAAACGACCGCCACCGUACCGCACGACCGCCGGCCUCAGCCGCCGCCACUGCUGCACCACUGCAGCGCGCCUUAACGUCGACGGACAGCCGCACGGCUGCACCAGACCGCACCAGACGCACCGCUAUGUCGCAUCAUUUCGCCGGCGCCGGAGACGUCGGAGUGCCCCUGAAAUCGACGGUCGGGGUGGGUAUACCUGUCUCGGCCGAAGAUAUAAUCCUACAGACUUUCGACAAUGAUGAGAGAAAACUGCAGGUGUGCGGGUCCAUGCGACCGAUUAUCACAGAAUUGGAUAACAACAAAAGAGGAUCAAUACGAACAGAUGUUGCCGAUCUAGUUAUGGUCAAGUACAAAUGUUCAUCAAACGGGGUACCUAUAACACAGACUAAUGGCUCGACACUUCCGCUUGUACCAGGUUCAAGCAAAGAUGCCGAAUUCGGUGGCUACAAUCCAUUCGACCACCGGACGGUCCAAUACCCAACUACGGAUAUGGAAACAUUUAUACAUCUGCUCAAAGGUAGUCUGGGCUCAGGUAUAUUGGCUAUGCCUUUGGCUUUUAUGAACGCUGGACUAAUAUUUGGGCUCAUAGCAACCGCUACAAUUGGAUUCGUUUGUACAUAUUGUGUCCAUAUACUGGUAAAAUCUUCUCAUAAAUUGUGCCGUAGAAUGCAAGUACCAGCAUUAGGAUUUGCCGAUGUUGCAGAAGUUGCCUUCCUCGCUGGACCACCAGCCUUCCAAAAAUUUUCCGGUCUCUUCAGAGGCCUCGUUAACACGUUCCUAACCAUUGAUUUGCUUGGUUGCUGUUGUGUUUAUAUUGUUUUUGUUGCAAAAAAUAUUAAACAGGUUAUGGAUGAAUAUGUUUUAGAUAUAAAUGUUAGAUGGUACAUGUUGAUGAUGUUGCCAUUGGUGAUCGCUAUGAAUUUAAUACGUAAUUUGAAGUAUCUGGCUCCAUUAUCAAUGGUUGCAAACUUUUUGGUUGGUACUUGCAUGACCAUUACAUUCUGGUACGUGUUUCAAGACUUGCCACCCAUGAAAUCUGCACCUUUCAUUACGGAUUGGCACAAAUGGCCACUCUUCUUUGGCACUGCCAUCUUUGCAUUGGAAGGGAUUGGUGUUGUAAUGCCAUUGGAAAACAACAUGAAAACACCACAACAUUUUAUUGGUUGUCCUAGCGUGCUGAAUAUUGGCAUGGCUAUUGUUGUGCUUUUGUACUCUACUGUUGGAAUGUUUGGCUUCCUCAAGUAUGGUGAUAAGACUGAGGGCAGCAUUACUCUGAAUUUACCGAAAGAUGAAUUAUUGGCACAGUCUGUAAAGGUCAUGAUAGCCGUGGCCAUUUUCCUUACAUACAGUCUUCAGUUUUAUGUACCCUUUGAGAUCAUCUGGAAAGGCUCCAAGCACCGGUUUACAUCACACCCUGUUCUUUUUGAAUAUUUGCUCAGAGUGUUGCUGGUCGUGGGUACGGUUUUGGUUGCAAUUGCUUGUCCUAACCUGGGCCCGGUCAUAUCGCUCGUCGGAGCAUUAUGUCUGUCAUUUUUGGGUCUAAUCUUGCCGAGCUGCAUCGAUCUAGUUACAUGCUGGGAAGAACCUGGAUUGGGUAGAGGAUACUGGCGUCUGUGGAAAAACAUGGUCAUCAUAAUGUUUGGCAUUUUGGGAUUGGUUACCGGCGUUUACUCAAGUAUGCUUGACAUCAUCGUAACGUUCAAUCAGUGAGCGUGCGCGCAAGUAAUGAUUUCAAUUACAAAAGGACGGCAGCGAUACAACUCUCAUACAGACAGAACAGCAAUAUUAGCGUUGUCAAUUACAGCUAUUAGUGUCCAGUAAAAUUGUUUUUAAACAAAAAAACGACAAUAAAUAUUUUGUACUGAUUAACUAGGGUGCAACAGUGAAUUUUGAAAAAAAUAUAAAAACAAAAUCAUGGAUUUUAGAUAUUAGUCUUUUAUCUUUGGUCAUCAGUUUUUGAGUAUUAUAUUAUUAUAUUAUACGGUGUUCCUAGAGCGGCCUUGUAAAUAUAAUAAUAAAAUAACAGACUAACAAAAAUUUAAGUAAAAAAUUGAAAUAUUCUUGUUGCUCAAUAUUUGUUUCCGUUUGUAGUACUUCAUGAUUUCUAUGAGUGUUAUUUGCUCGUAAUGGGAUAUUUUGGGUCCGAUCAAUAUUUCCUUAUUUUAUUUGAAUAUUCCAUAAAUUAUCAUAAAAAGUAAUUCAUUAUUAACCCACAUUUAAAUUAUCUUUACUAUAGUAGUACUAUUAUUUUUCUGAUACUAUAUCGUAUAUACCAUAAGACAUUAAGUAUUUUAGUUAUUUUUAUUUAUAUGCAAUUUUUUUUAUACAUAUAUUAUUUUAUUCUUCACUGUCUUAAAAAUAUAUAAUAUUGUUUUUACGUGUCUAAUGCUGAUAAACAAAUAAAUUUCUGUCCAUUUAUUAUAAUAAAUAUUUGUUUGACCAAUAAUGUUAUAACAUUUUUGAUUGUUACUGUGAAAUUAUAACUGUGUUUAUUAUAAACAGAUUUGCAUAAAA